GUUCAUGUGCAUAAUACAAUUUACUCUUCCCUUGACUUUACUCAUGGAAACACUUUUAAGCAGCACACAAAAAUGGUGGAAAUCAAGAGUAACUGCAGAUAUGUGUGUGUUGAACUAGGAAAAAAUGUCAGUCUAAAUGCUGUCAUAGAAGGAAUUGAUGAGAAACAUGUGAUAAGUUGGCUACACAAUGGAAGGGAGAUUACUCGAGGUGAAGAAUUUAUAGGCGAAGAUGGUCUUAGUGAACAUAUUUUUCUUCGAGGAGGUACCAAUGGAGUGUUUACACUUGAGAUAACAAAUGCACAGUUUCUUGACAAAGGGACAUACUCUAUUAAAGUAUAUGAACAAGGCCACGACAACAGCCUGUUCGAAAUUACUCAAAAAGAUGUAAUGUUGCUUGAGGUUGAUUCCUAUAGUGAUGAUAUGGACAUGAGGCUAGAAGGGGCGUUGGUGUCCGACUCCGAAGAGUACGGAGUUUGACUUCGACGAAGUCAAAGUGGACGUGGUUUUUCAUUACUAAAUAUGUAUUGAAAGUUUUCAGGGGGUGAAGCCCCCAAAAAAUAUGACAACUUAUAAACAUAGUAGGUUUUAAUUGGGUGUAACCAUUCCAACAAACACACAAUUUCUAUACUGUUUUAUUGCUACAGAUUUAGCAUUUACUUGAGGUAAUUUGCAGUAUUUUAUAGAGUAGACCUUUAAUACUUAGCUGUUAAUUCUUAUGAACAAUACUGCCUCCAAGAAACCCUUGAAGAGACCCUCAAGUAUAUCAACGAAGUUAACUUGACUUAAU